AUGCUGGCCUUCAGGGGCGCCGUGGUGCAGAUGCCCUCGAUGGGAGAGGUCAACAUACUCCCUGACGCCGCCAUUAUUGUCGACGCCAGCGGCGCCAUCGCCGCGAUUGGCGAUGGAUCAGACAUCGAAGCCCUGUGCGCCACGCACGGCGUCCCCGCAAGCGCCGUGCGCGUGCUGGGGCCGCAGCAGAUGCUCCUGCCCGGGUUCGUAGACACCCACAUCCACGCGCCGCAGCUGCCAUUCACAGGCACUGGGACCGACCUACCGCUGUUCGACUGGCUCAACACCUACACGUUCCCAACCGAGGCCGCUCUGCGCGACGCCGCGCGCGCGCGCGACGUGUAUUCGCGGCUGGUGGCUCGCACGUUGUCGUUAGGCACCACUACGGCCGCCUACUUCACCACCCUGCAUAUGGAGCCCUGCAAGGGCGCUGCUCACGGCCCGCCGCCCAGCAGCCCCAACCCCCUCACAUGCAUGCACCCCGCCAUGUGCGUAAUCGCCACGGCAAACCCCGAGGUGCUGGCCGACAUUGUGGAAUCGGUGGGCCAGAGGGCCGUCAUAGGCAAGGUCGUCGAUUACGUGAUUUCGAAGCGCUGUCCGAGGCUGACGCCCGCGGUGAUCCCGAGGUUCCCGCCCACCUGCUCCCCCGCCAUGCUGGCCGGCCUCGGGCGGCUGGCGGCGGAGACGGGGGCGCACGUCCACAGCCACAUCAGCGAGAGCCGCGAUGAGGUGCGCGCGACGGCGGCGCUGCACCUUGGACGCGCCGGCAGCGGUGGCGACGGCACGGCCGCGGGCGGCGGGGGCCCUGGGGCCGAGCCGGAGCAGGGACGGGCCGGCAACGACUGCGGCAGCGACGGUCGCGGCGCCCCCGGCGGGUGCGGCGGGGACCUUGAGGCAGGGGAGGGCGGCGGCGCCGCGGCGGCAGAGGAGGAGUUCGACGGCAGCAGCGAUGUGGAGGUGUUCAGGGCCGCCGGCCUGCUGACCCCGGGCAGCGUCUUCGCGCACGGCACGCAGCUGGGCCCCGCCGGGCUGGCCGCCAUGGCGGCCGCGGGCGCGGCGAUAUCGCACUGCCCGCUGUCGAACUUUUACUUUGGGGAUGGGCUGCUCGAUGUGGCGCGGGCGCUGAGGGCGGGGGUCACAGUGGGGCUCGGCUCCGACAUCGCGGGCGGGUACAGCUACUCGAUGCUGGUAGCUGCCCGCAUGGCCGUCGCCAACAGCCACGCCCUCAAGGCCGCCUCGCUCUCCGCCGGCGGCGCCGCCCGCUCAGUGGCCGCAGCCGCCGCCGACCACGUCUUAGACUGGAAACACGCACUCUGGCUCGCCACAGAGGGCGGCGCGCGCGCGCUCGGCCUCGGCGGGCCGCGGGGGCCGGCCGGCGCGCUCGAGCCGGGGCACGCGUUCGACGCGUUGCUGAUCGACGCGGGGUGCGGGGCUGCGUUUGAUGCAUUCGAGGGGGACGAGCUGAUGCAGCUUCUCGAGAAGUUCGUGCACCUGGGGGACGACAGGCACAUAAGAGAGGUGUUUGUCCAAGGCGCGCGCGCGUGGCCCCCGCGAGCGCCUGCCGGCAGCUGA